AUGUAUUGCCUCGCGCGUCGGUCUAUAGUCGUUUAUUGGUAAUGCGAGAUAUCGCCGACUAAAUCAAAAUGUAUUGUAUUUUUGUUUUAUUUACUGUUUUAAGUGGAGUGUUAUCAUCACAGAUACCGGAUUACAUAAAAGUAUGCAAGCGUGAUCAGAUGACAAUAAACGCCUGUGUGAAGGACUCUAUUGAAAACCUUCGACCGACCCUAGCUGCAGGUAUCCCGGAGCUAAAUGUUCCCAGUAUUGAACCCUUCAUCAUCCCAGAGAUAAUCGCAGUCAGUGGAGACUUGGCACAAUUGAAGGCUUCAGGAAAAAAUGUUAAAGUAUUUGGUGCUAGCAACUUUACCAUUAAAAGUGUUAAUGUUGAUCUCGAGACGUAUACGAUACGAGCGCGGAUUCGAUUCCCAAAACUACAUUUGGAAGGUAGAUACAAAUUGGACACACGCAUAUUGAUCAUCCCUCUAAGAGGACAGGGGAAUCUUGUCGCCAACGCAGUAAAAUGUGACGCCAUUGUGGUUAUCAAUAGCGAGAUUAUAAAAAAAGAAGACAUUGAAUAUUUGAAGUUUAAAUCCCUCACGGUUGAUUUGAAUUUGAAAGACUACAAUGUCAAAUUCGAUGGGCUAUUCAACGGAGACAAGACUUUGGAGCAAGCAACUAACAAUGCCAUCAACCAAAAUCGAGAUGAAUUCUUCAUAGCAAUGAAGCCCUACUUGGAGAACACUGCUGCCAAGGUCUUGUUGGACACCGCAAACAAAAUUGUGCACUCCCUUACAUUGGACGAUUUAUUCCCAAAGCCUUGAAUAAAUACUUUUAGUGAA